AUGGGGCGCCACCUAAAGAUCUCUCUGCAUAAAAACCUCACGGUAAACAGGUAUGGCUUCACGGUCUACAAGCCACCGAAACUGUUCUCGCCCGGCGCUCGCCCUUUCAGGUGCGAGAUCAUGCAUCUGACUAGAAAUAUUAUCACGUACUUUGAUCGGCCGUGGGAAUACCUGAAUGACGAGCAGCUCGCUGCUCGUGAUUGGUUCCUCGGUUGGUGCAGGGGUCGCCGGGAGGAUAUGCUGCGGAUAUCAGAACACAAAGACGGAGAAAAACUGCUCUCUGGAGUGGAAAUGCGGCGGCUAUGGAAAUGCUUCAACGAGCUCUUCUUUGGAGGUGACCUAGCAGAUGGUCAGUUCCGUUGGAAUCCAUCUCUCGUGGAUUUGGGGCAAGCUGGCAGUCGAAAUGGGAGACCGACGAUCGAAGUAAACCCUCAGGAAACCGCUAAGGACUUUGGCGACUACGUUGCACUGGAGUUCAUCGGUACCCUAAUGCAUGAGGCAGUCCAUGCCUUUCUGAACUACUACUCGUGUCGGUUUUGCUUUACUUGGAAGUACGAUCUGAAUGCGAGCGGCCACGGACGCGCGUUCCAGAUUCUGGCGGCGAAACUGGAGGAGGUAUUUCCCAGGCUGUUGGGUCUUCCAUUGAAGCUGCAUCGGUUUCUGAGCCUUCUCGCUAACUGGGAUGAACUUAAACCUCUGCCCAGCCCUCACGAUCUCGCGGUGUUUGGCCUCGAAUCCGUCCGGCUCUCUUCAAACCAUAAUGAAGAUGCUCUCCGUCUACUUAAUUUGACAAGUCGUCAAAUCGGGUGCCUCCCGGAGAAAUAUCUUGAAGAUACUUUAGGUCAGGACAUUGAGACUCUUGUGAGGGAUGGUUUGGAGCACAUGCCCAUGCCGGAACAAAUAUACGAACGGAGAGAGGAUAGUGUAAUAUGGGAGAUAUGCGGGGCCAAUAAGGAGCUAGCUACAGGAGAGAAAGAGUCGUGCGAGGGAAGGUCGUCGCUUGAGUCUACCCUAUCCGACCUUAAGACUUAG